UCAUGGUCGCGACUUCCCCUCUUCAACUUUACUUCUCCCUCCAAUUCCAUUCCAAUUUCUACAAGUGCAUACUCCAAUCCACUGUCUUUUGUGAUACCCCAAACUACACAAACCAACUCUACCCCAACGUAGCCCACCAUGGCAAUGUCGCAAGCAGCUUUCAAGGCCGAGCAGGCCAUCGGCCACGGCGACAAUGCUACUACUGCACAGGACAUUACGAACCCGGGUCUCACCGAGGGCGCAGGCGACUCCUCAGAGAUGAUGAAGGCACUGGCCUGGAUGGGCAAGAACAAAGUCGAGAUGGUUGACGCGCCGAAGCCGAAGAUCAUGGAGCCGCGAGAUGUAAUUCUCAAGAUUACGGGCUCGACAGUCUGUGGGUCUGACCUGCAUCUUCUACAUGGCACGGUCGUGGAGCUGCAAAAGGGCGAUAUUCUGGGCCACGAGUUCUGCGGUGUUGUGGAUGAGGUUGGCAGCGAAAUCAAGAACCUGAAGAAAGGCCAACGAGUCGUUGCCUCUUUCCAGAUCGCCUGCGGGGAUUGCUACUACUGCAAACAGAAACUCUCCUCGCAAUGUGAGAAGACGAACUCCAACACCCUCGAGAACGCCAUGUAUGGUGGCCGGACAGCAGGCAUGUUCGGCUACUCGCAUUUCACCGGCGGCUUUGCAGGCGGUCAAGCAGAGUACACCCGCGUACCCUACGGCGACGUCAAUCUCCUUCCUCUCCCCGACGAUGUCCCCGACGAGAAGGGCCUAUACCUCUCCGAUGUGCUUGCCACCAGCUGGCACGCGGUAGUCGAUACCGGCGUCAAGAAAGGCGACGUAGUAGCCAUCUGGGGCGCAGGACCCAUUGGACAAAUGGCGGCAGACUUCUCGCUGAUCAACGGCGCGUCGCGAGUAAUCAUGAUCGACCAAAACUGGCGCCUGGAGUAUAUCCAGAAGAAGUACCCGAACAUCGAGACCAUCGAUUUCUCGGCACUCGGGAAGGGCGAGUCGGUGACAAGCAAGCUGAAAGAGAUGUGCAACAACCGCGGACCGGACGUCAGCAUCGAGUGCGCGGCCGGCGAGUACGCGAAGGGCUGGGCGCAUUACUUCGAGAUCUUGCUCGGUCUGGAAACGGACACGAGCGAGAUUGUCAACGAGAUGAUCACUAGCACGCGGAAUAUGGGGCGCUGCGGUAUCACGGGUGUUUACGUCGGCUUCACUAACCAUUUCAACAUCGGCUCCCUCAUGGAACGCGGCAUCCGCCUCAUCGGCAACGGCCAGGCCCCCGUCCACAUGUACUGGGAAUCGCUCCUCAAGAUGAUCCAGGACGAGCAGAUCGAUCCGAUGAAAAUGGUCAGCCAUCGCGUGCGGCUCGAGGAUCUGGAUAAGGUGUACUAUAAGUUUGAGAACAAGGAGGAUGGCAUGCAGAAAGUGUUUGUGGAGACGAAGUUUAGUUUCCCGGCUUGUGAGGGCUCGCCGGAGCUGAAGAGGUUUUAGGUUGAGGGGGAAUGAGCAGGUUGGUGCAGCGUAGAAUGUGAAUGCGAAUGGAGUAGGAGUUGGGGAUGGGAGGGCGCUUGUUGUAUGGCGAUUUUAUCGUGUUGUAGUGAAUGCUAGGGUGUCAGACUUCCUGUUAUGUUAUGUGCGUGCUCGUCUCUUUCUUCCCGCAAAGUGCUGGCAGAAACAUGAAGUAGAACCACACACCAGAACAGAACGGAACGAUAGCACUAAAGCUAGGCUUGAGACACCUUACCAUGAAAGAGUACACGCCACACCAUAUGCUCUUCCCGUCUCCAAGACCCUAGAACAUAUCCAUACGCGUCUGUUCUUCAAACUCCAAACGUAGCAAGCAGUUGGGUGAAAGCCCGAACUAACUUCCCACCCGCCCUGUCACGGUAAUCCUCUCCUCUCCU